AUGAAUUUCUGCAUCCUUGCCGCCGCGGCUUUGACGCCCCUCGCUUCCGCUCACUAUUUCUUCGACAAGCUCAUAAUCGACGAUGUCGAGACUCGCAGCAAUGAGUUUGUCCGGUCCAGCACUCCUGCGGCCAAGUACAACCCCACCAAGUGGGAGAAUAUCCGUGACGACAUGACGCCCGACGUCAACGAUUUCCGUUGCAAGAAGGGCGCGUUCACCUUUGCUAGCCAGACUGGCACUGCCGAGGUGAAGGCGGGCUCCAAGCUUGCUGUGAAGCUCGUUGUCGGGGCCACCAUGCAGCACCCCGGCCCUGCCCUCGUCUACAUGUCCAAGGCUCCCACCACGGCCAAGUCCUAUGAAGGUGAUGGUGAAUGGUUCAAGAUCUUCGAGGAGAGCGACACUCCUGACGGAGAGUACCUGUUCCGACCGGAACACAUUGGGGUUCACGGUUCUCACGCUGGGCAGGCUGAGUUCUACUACACUUGUGUUCAAGUCAAAGUCACUGGCGGUCGCAACGGCACCCCGGGCCCCACUGUCAAGUUCCCUGGUGCUUACAAGAAGGACGACUCCUCGUUCAACUUUUCCAUCUAUGGUGGCGUGAAGGACUACCCCAUGCCUGGUCCCGCCGUAUGGACUGGUGGUAACAGCGGCGAAUCUACAGAUCCUGUUCCUGUCGAGAGCGAGCCCAUCCCUGCUGCUACGAGCGAUGUCGCUCCCGCUCCUGUCGUUACCACCGAACCCGCCAGCCCCACCACUGCCCCCGGCUCGGGCUCCGGCUCGGGUGGUGAUUUUGACGAGGUCUGCACACGCACCCGCCGACACCGCCAGCGCGGCCGCAAGGCUCGCAGUGCAUUCCGCGUGUCUCUCCGCAAGCUGUCAAGCUGUAUGCAUCGGCCAGCUUCCUGA